AUGAGCGUUGACGACAGAAGGAUCAUAACCACGCUAAAGUAUUCAAAGUAUCGCGUGAAACCGACAAUUGUGAGUGGAGAUCCCGUGGAAAACAGCAAGGUGCCGUACAUUGUGUCCAUUAAGGUUGUCAGCCGAAAAGUUGAGUCUGAUAAAUGGUUGUGGGUAAAUUUGUGUGGUGGCAGCAUUAUAGGUGACUACAGGGUGUUAUCAGCUGCACACUGUUUUGAAGCCAACGAUUUCCUCUUCGUUCACCGCCCUGACUAUUUGAGAGUCGUGGCAGGUAGUGUGGACACUGAAAUAGUUCACUCCGGCAGAACCGAGACUACAGAAGAAGUACAAUGGCGGAAAAUAAAAAGGAUUGUGGUCAACAAGGACUUCUUGUUCCCGUCCAACGAUAUUGCUCUAGUGUAUGUGGAUCAGAAGUGGAUAUACUCGCCGUUUGUAAGCUCUAUAGAUCUCGCGGCUAGGGCUGCUGACUAUCCGAACACGUGCUUCUCGGCUGGAUAUGGAAAGGUGUCUGAUAACAUGGUGGAACGCUAUUCGCCUCAGCUUAUUUUGGCCCGUAUCAGGGUUUUGCCUCGGUGGCAGUGCUCUGUUGUCUGGCAAAUGGAUAUGAACAACUUUAUUUGUACGGAUAGCACGUUUGGAGACGUAGCUAUUGGUGAUUCUGGUGGGCCUUUGGCGUGUCACGGGAUAACGAACACGAGACAAGAACGGAAGGAAGUGUUGGUCGGAGUUGUGAGCGGGAAGAACUACGACAAAACUACUCUGUACACGAGAGUGUCAGCUUACCACGACUGGAUUCUCAGAGAUCGUUCUAGCGGUAUGAUAAAACCUGAUGCUUUAAUUAUUACACUGGUACUUUUAAUAUAUCUUUUGUUUCUUUUCCGUUACGUACCUACGAUGUUGGGUGAAGCGUAA